AAAAAAGAAAGAGAAAGAGAGGAAAAGAAAGAGAAGAGAGCUUCUGUGCGUGCAACUGAACUGAAGAGCGGCCGAUUUUUCUUCCUCUGUUUCCUUUGAAUGCUAAAAUCUAACUCUGACCCAUUAAACUUUAAUGUCUCUUCUUCCAUUCUAGCCACUUUUCUCCUCUUCUUCUUUGGAAAAUCUUUUUGCCAUUUCCAUUUUUCUCUCUGCUGCUUCAUCGCCUCUUUUGCUACUUUGGAUUCUUCUUCCAUUGCAACUCUUGUGUUGAUGAUGAUUAUGAAUACCGAUGCAGAAGAAGCCUUUUGAGAGGGUUAUUAGAGGGAAAUUGUGUUGAUGAUUCACUGAUUUUUGGGGGUUGGAUCUUGAGAGAUAUGGAAAAGGAAGAAAUAGGUCAGAAAAGUAAUAAAUCUGGUGAAACAGAUUUUCUGUUGCAGUGGGGGAACAGGAAGAGGAUGAGAUAUAUGAAAGUUAAAGAACCACAAAGAAUUACUAGUAAACCCGAUUGUUUGGGAAAGAAGAAAGUUUCAUCUAAAGGGGAUCGUCGUGUUGUUACAGCUGAGAAAGCUUCAUCUACUCAACAAACUCAUCGCCUUAACAAGAGCAUUGCUUCACCAACUGACAACCAAAGAACAACCAUAACAUCACCAGAAAAGGAAGAUCGAUACUAUACGACAAGAGGUUCGAUGGGUGUGGAUGAAAAGGUCUCAAUAGACCACCCCACAGGAAACGACCGAAAAGGGUUUGUCUGGCCAAGGCUCUAUAUUUCUCUAUCUAGCAAGGAAAAGGAAGAAGAUUUCAUGGCCAUGAAAGGGUGUAAACUUCCUCAAAGACCUAAGAAAAGAGCCAAAUUGUUACAAAAAAGCUUAGUUCUGGUGAUGCCAGGUUCAUGGCUAUCAGACUUGUGCCAAGAAAGGUAUGAGGUGAGGGAAAAGAAGACUUCAAAAAAGAGACCCAGAGGAUUGAAGGCCAUGAGAAGUAUGGAAAGUGACUCAGAAUGACUGGAUCAAUAAGAGACAAAAAUAGACAUAUUGGAUAGAAAUAACCUCUUGUUUAUUGAUAGCCAUAUUUUGGAGAAAAGGAGGAGAGUUGGACUUUUGGGGUUCUUUUUCUUUUCUUUUUUUUUUGGGUUGGGGGGGGAGGAGGAGGAGGGAUUUUUCAGAAUUGAGAUGAUGAUGUAAUAUAAGUCACCUAAUUUCUUUUCUUUAGUGCUAUUUGAUUGCUAAUUGGUUGAGUGAAUUUAAAUUGGUAGAAAUCAUUUUACUUUUUGCUCUUUA